AUGACUACGUUUCCUGGCGAUAAUACAAAUAUUCCCAAACGACUGAGUGAAUGCCUGGAAUUUCAACCGCUGAACUAUUUAGUUCCCAAAAGCGGGCUCUGUGAUCUCAUGAGAUCGUCGCUACACAUCAGACCCCAUUACGAUAAAAUCGCGUUUGGCGAGCAUUCUACUAGUGACGUGUCUCGUAAGGCCAAGGUGGGACCCGAUGGCCCAUUUGAGCUCAAACAGGGCAUUAGACUGCAUUUCAAAGACAUCGAGAUUACUGAGAGUGGUGCGGAAAACGUGCCAGGAGACCUUCUCGAAGGUCUUUCCGAUGAGGCACGACUAUUCUUAAACACAGCUUGUCUUGAAGAAUGCGGCAAAAGGCCACAUUCAAGCGACGAAGAAGAAGGGAAAAAGCUUCUGGAAAACCAGGAAGGCGGUUCUGGAGCUGGACUUUCCAGUGUUGAGCUCAGAACAUCAGCAAAGAAAAGUAAAAUACCAUCUCAAACUGUUGUCGUCGAUCAAAAUGCUUUGCACGGACAUUACGUCAAGGAGCUCAACGACAUUGUUACCGUAUUGGACACUGCAGAAAAUUCUGACAAUGCGGGCAAUUUCAUCUGUUGGACGCGACUUGUUCAGGGGCGAACGCUUUCCGAUGUCCUUCUCGAGCGAAUAGAGAUCAUCAUGAAACAACUUUCGAAAACAGAAGAGUUGAAGCGCAAUUUUGACUCCCAGAGCUUGAGCAAACUUCUCAAAGCAUGUUCAGAGAGUAUUGAAACAAUUCUGAAGACUGAAGACUUCAGUUCUCUCACAAAAGGUGCCUUCAGAUGUGUGUCCAUAAUUUUGAGCAUUUUUGUUCUAGACUUGGAAGACAAGCGUCUAUAUCUCGAGCGAUACCUCGUGUCGACCAUUACCUUCCUGCAAAGAGUUAAUGAAGAACUGAGUGAAGGGUCUACGAGCUCUAUUGCGACAGCCGAUAACUGCCUGCUGUUGAAGUCUUCGCUUUCUCUGCUCUCGGUUUACGUGGCAAAGAAGUCGCUACAAGAAGAAGAUCUGAUCACCAAGUUGGUUUAUCUUCUUUGUGACUUGCUAACCUUCAGCCCGAUUCAAAUACAAGGUAUGGCGAGGCUUUCUACGUGGCUGGAAAGCUUGAAGAGGGAAAGCUCAGCGGGCCUGAUAUCCUUAUUCAAAAAGCUUCCCACCCAGCGGCAUUUCAUUAUAGAUGAACUGCUUUACAGGCUCGAUACACUUCCGACAAACAGGGUUCACAAAAAAUUACAAAAACUUGACGACUCUGUCUACGCAUCCCAUCUGUUCGCUACCUUGACAAAGAUGCUUCAAUCCAUCGACUCCAGAGAUAUCCGCCCUAAGGAGGACAACAUAACCGAAGAGGCAAUCGUUGAGUUCCUUAAAAGUUUCAAAGAGCAGCAGUUACAACUCUCGUCCCUGAUCGAUCAUAUAAAUCGCUCUGUAAUCAACAGAAGCUUUGCGGCGAACACUACAAAAAAGUUUAUUUUGGAUAAUUACGUUCAAGAUUUGAUCUCAAUGGUUUUUCAUCCGCGUUGGAGCAUGGCCGAAAACCUGUUGGCCUCUUUAUUGAGAAUGAUGCUUUUAGUAUUUAGCCCUUCCAAUCGAGACCACUCAAUAAAAGAAGCCAGUAUACUCAGUGUGGUUACUGGAAUAGGUACCGCCAUGCAGGAAAUCAGGCUCAAAGGAAGAGUAACUGGCAAGCUUACACUAGCGGCAAUUCAUGAAAGCCCAGAGCUACUAGAAACAGUUCUUUCGCAUUUUAGACAUUGCAUGUCUUCGCUUUCGUCGAAGGGAGAAGAGGCCGGUAACCUUUGGGACAGGAUGAUGGCUUUCCUUCUCUCACUUUCUGAGGCGGAAGAAGAUGGAUCUUUAUUGGUAAAAAUGACGAAUGAGGCUAUUGCCGCUGCUCUUCGUGACGACACAAACUGUGGCCACGAUAAUCAAAUCAAACAAAGUUUCCAAGAGACAAAAGACUCGGAGAUUCACUAUUUUGGGAUCCUUCAAGCGUCUGAACUGGCCAAUUUGUUCGAUCCAUACAUCAAGCUCAUCUUGUCUCUUUUGGACAAACAAAAGACUAAAGUGAUGUCAGGCGCAAUCAAAUGUCUGAGCCCACUGAUAGCGAGAGAUCCUGAUCUACUUGCAGUUCCAUCUGUGGGCAAGGUUCUUGAACAAAAGCUGAUAGGUUCAUCGGCAUCAGUGAAAAGCGCAAUUUUGGAUCUCAUAGGUUCAAUACAUUAUACCAAGUUCUAUCGCUUGAUAAAUCUCAACUUCAAUGAUGAAAGCACACUUGUUCGCAAGCAAGUCUUGAACCUUAAUUUGAAAAUAUACGACACCGCAAACGAUGUUGGCGUCAAAGCAUUCGUUGCCAACAAGAUCUUGAGAAGAGCAGAAGAUGAAGAAGACUCAAUCGUUGAAAAAGCGCGAACAGCUCUUUUGGAACGUUGGUUCAUACCUCAACCGCAGCAAGCGCCAAUCACGGAAAAUGAAAGCAAAGACUUAAAGGAUGUCGUUCAAAUAAUAACGACUUUGGUUGGCGCAGAAGAAGGCUCUCAGCCGUUCGAUUUCUUCCUAAAUGACUACGUUCUCAACAAAGAGCUUCACGAGACGGAAGAAUUUGAGAGAAUACUUCAUUCAACGCGGCUCAUUACAUGCCGACUCGUUGACGAUGCCAUAGAUUCUCAUUACAGCAACGAUCAAAAAUCGCAUUCGCAAGCCCUAAACAUAUUUCAUUUACUCUCAAUCGUUGCCGCUUGUGAUUACCCAUUUAUUACCAAAGAUCACGUCACAACUCUUUACCCCUACCUGCUGUCUUCUGAGAGAUCUGAACUUCAGUUCUAUAUUCUGAAAGUUUUCCGAAUUGGUUUCUCGAAGCUUUCAUACUUUAAGCCAGGAUUUUUAGCAGAGCUAGAAACUGUCAUUUUAGGGCGUCUUCCGAAAAUGAGUGUCACAGAAAUGGAGGAGGCAAUUCCUUUAUGCUGGUCAAUUGCUGGUCAUAGAAAAGAUGAUACGAGGAUUUGCCAGGCAUGCUCAUCGUGCCUGGCUUUGCUGUCUCCGUAUAUUAAUUCUUUGCGUAGAAGCCCUGCUUCAGUCAAAGCAGAUGGCAAGCUACAACGACUACUUUAUCUUGCAGCUGGUUUUGCAAGAUUUUGCCACUUCACAAAUACACCCGAUAAGUUCCCACACCUGAAGACUAGAGAGCCAGUCUAUGAGUAUGUUACCAAAUGCUUGCUUGCUUUCAGCAUGCGCGAGGUCGCUCCAGACCUGAGAAGAAUUGCGCUUCGAAAUCUUCUAAAAGUGAGUACGUCGCACCCUAAAAUAUUCAACUCUGCCAAAGUACUUGGCGUCCUUGAUGAGGAACUUGCUUCUAAGAGCCUCGAGACAAGUUUGGUGGUUAUUCAAUGCUUUUGUGACUUUUUCAUCAAUGAAGAACGAAAGAGCUUGAAUCUCACGCGUCCCGAGCGCUACUCAAUUCUGAAGCAUCAGAGAAAUAGAUCGCAUGAUGCUGAAACGUCCAGCGAUGCCAUAUCCGCAGCUGUAGCGACCCGUUACCUGAGAAGCGUCCUUGAAAUCUCCCUGCUGGAAGAGACAUACAGGUCCUGCGUUGGCUUGAAAUAUAUUGAGCUCGUCAUCGAGUUCGGCUAUUCUAAUCCUGCAAAAUGUAUUCCCACAAUCAUGGCACUUUCAGGAUCACCUCACGAAAAUACUAGAAGACAGGCUUUGGCCAUCAUGGAUAGUGCGCUCGCAAAAAAUACUAGUAUGCUGUUCAGUAAUCUGAGUAGUGGAAUAAAAAGUGCUACAGAUCAUGGCAAAUGGCUUCGAGAAACAGGGCUGUCGACCCAGUCUUUGUUCUUGCCUGGGAUCCAAAACUCUCUGCUCAACGCCGGCAUGAAACAAACCAGAUUUUUCAAUUCAAUCAAAAAGGUCUUUAGUUCUUAUCUGAUGACAUCAAAAGGAGCUUUUUCUAAAGAGCACAUAUUGAUCAUUUGCUCCAACUUGGCUGCACUUACUUUUGAAAGCUUACUUGACGUGUCAAUACUUGUCAGAUUUUUAGAUGCCAAAACCGAAGAGGUGUCUGGGAUUGUCGAACGACAUCAAGGUAGAGAUAACUUAAAGUCUAAGGCUCUCAUUUCUGACUUGGUACUUGCCCGCGAAUGUAUUUUGCAUCUUCGGGCAUACCUCUGUCAAAAAUAUGGCGUCACUGAUGAAAAUGUUGCAGCGGUGGGCACAUAUGAGGAGGAAGAAUUAAGAGCCAAAGCUGCGGAGUCGAAGAAACCAGAUAUUCAAUUCGCGUUUCCACCUUCAGGCUUUGACAAAAACAAGGUACGUAACCAGUCGUAUUCAUACGAUAGGUAA